GGCAGAACAGAUUAUUGAUUGACAGUCAUCAGCUUGUUCUUCUCUGUGUCAGCCAAUCACCACAUCAGCAAAGAUGGCAUCAGUCUUUCCGUUUGCUUUGUUGCUCUGUUUGUCCAGCGGACUGUUGGCUGCAUAUGGUGAAGCUUGCUGCCCUCCUGGUUGGACUCAGUUUGGCUCUCGCUGUUUCGCUUUCUACAUCCAGGCAAAGACCUGGAUUGAUGCAGAGACCUUCUGCCAGACUGCUGGUGGGAAUCUGGCUUCCAUCCACUCAGCUGAGGAACAUACAUUCCUCAAAGACUACAUUAACCAAGUGUCCGGUACAUACAAAAAUGCCUGGAUCGGCGGCACUGACGCAGUGAAGGAGGGUACGUGGAUGUGGACUGAUGGAUCCAAAUUUAACUACAAAAUCUGGAAUGUGGGGCAGCCUGACAGCAUCAGUGGAGCGGAGAUCUGUCUUGAAAUGAACUUUCUAGGAAAUAACUGGAACGACAGGCCUUGUAGCACCCCACUUUCUUUCGUGUGCUCCAAGAACCUGUGUGUGUAACUCUAACCCACCAUCAUGAUGCCUCUACAGCUCAUCUAUAAUCUCUAUCAUUGAUUCUCUUUCAGUUUGUUCAGCAGACAGAAACAGCUCUCUGCUGACAGAUGACUCACUUUCACUUGUUUAUUAUCUGAAGAGUUAG